AUGGCACGUCUGUUAGAUCUUCCAGCUGAAGUGAUUCUCCUCAUCGUUGACUACCUACAAGCAGGCACGAAGAAGGUAUCACUAAUACUCCAUGAAAUUGGGGAUGCCUACCGCUACGCGAUCGAGCAGAAUCCUUCACCAAUCGUCAGAGACCUUCAUUCUUUCCUGCUUGCCACCUAUCGCCUGAAUGGUCUUCUUCUGCGGCCACUGUUCUAUCGUAAUAUAUUUGUCCGCAGAUAUGGUCGUUACGGAGAGCCGGUUCCGCUGCAACAGCUAAAGCAAAGUCUUGAGAAAGACCCAAGUCUCGAGGAACAUAUCGUCUCGGCGAUCCUUCCAUGUGAUGACUCGAUUUAUGAUCUCCAUCGAUUCUUUUGGUUCUCCAACAUCCAAGCCCUUACUAUUCACAAGUUCAGCGAUUGGGAGCCAUUGGAAUUUGAAAACAACUCACAUAUUGGCACUUCACCCGUCGAAUCUCUCAAGCUGAUUGAUUGCGGGGCGCACGAAGAGGCUCUAGCCGCUGUAUUAAGCUGGCCGGCAGCUUUGAAGACGCUUCACUACGACGCCGACCAAGGCGAGUGGGAGGGCCAUUAUGGGGACGAGCCAGCCAAAAGCUGGACAUGUGCUGCUUUUGUGCGCGCACUGCAAUCACAAAAGACAACGUUGACAGAACUGACAAUGACACGCCCACCGCUUGAACAUGAAGGGCUGGGGGAUGGACCUCGGAUUGAUCUUAGCGAGUUCACAUCCCUUACAACUCUACGCAUUUACCACGUCUUCCUUUGCGGAUGGGAUGAUCCGCAUGGGGUCUGGAAAGGCUUACCUCGCAGUCUGGAGGUAUUAGAGAUCUGGUACGACGAUACAGACCUCACUCAGUUCUACUUUCUCGAGAGUGAUUCGUGUGACCCUUCCAUUCUUGAUCUGAUCCAGCAUAAGAGGACGCAUCUUCCGAAUUUACACACAGUGGCCAUCCACUCAUUUGAAACAAUCCUUGCUCCCGGAGUAGACGAGCUUGUCGUAUUGGGACAAUGGAAAGUGCCAUCCUCGCUCACGGAUGCAGCCGAAUCUGCCGGUGUAAAGCUGGAUGUGUGGAUGGGAUACCGGAAUCCUCCGGAUUUUAAAAGAAACGAUGUUUUCGAGUCACUGAAAAUCAGUUAG